UUCAAGUCCUUGAUCCUGCCCCACUCCCUCAAAUUUCCAUCUUUUCCAAUUCUCUCUCCAAAACUCUCUCUCUCUCUCUCUCUCUCUCUCUCUCUAUAAAAUCAUCCAUUGCUUGAGUUGAGCUGAGAGCCAGAUGGGUUCGAGCAACAGUCGCAUGGCACACCGCCCAUCUGAGUCCACCAGCCCCAAUCUCACCAAACGCAUCCUCUUUUCUCUCAUCUGCGGUGCCUCCACUUCCCAAUCCCAAUCACCUCCCUCUCUGAUGGAAGAAUAUCCAAAUAAAUCCCCAAUAAGUUCUGUGGAAAAUUUAGCUCCUGUUAGUGAUCAAUCACGGAGCUCCGGGGAAGAAUCAUCUGCAAUCUUUGGUUCAGAAACUAGGUUUAAUGCUUCCGAAACUGAAGUUGGAGCCUCGUCCGGAAGCAGUAUGGGUUCCUUUGAGGAUAACUUUGUUGAACAUCGAUUGAGAAAUAUUGAGGCAUGUAGGAGUAAGGAAUCAGUUUCUACACAGGUAAAUGCUAAUACUAACUGUAAUUGCAAUGGAGCUUAUUUAGAUAAGAAUAGUCCUACAGCUAGUACUUCCCAUGAAGAACAGCCACAUCUAGAAUUGAUUUCUGCAAAUUCAAGUAUUGGAUUCAAUGCAGCUGCUGAGACUGAUAAUUCAGCAAACACAACUGUGUCUUUGAUUUGUCCAGAGGACAGACAUUCAAGUUUUGUGGCACAGGAGCAUUCUCAUGGGCAUUCUGUUGAAAAUCAUGAUAUUUCAGUUAUGGGCAUCAGUACUAAUUCUGAGUCUGUUUCUGUUCUUUCUGAUGCUUUAUGGAGUCUUCAGUUGUUUGGAGAUGAUUCCGCUCAAGUGGCGACUCCUUCUGGUUCAGGAUUCCUUGUGUCUGAUACUGAUGACGAUCUGAGAACUGGAAGUUCACUUCAUGUUGAUGUGGUGAGUAUCUCUUCCAACAUUUUGUCUAGUAGCAUUGCUGAAAUAAGUAAUCGUGAGGCAAGAAGGAAUAGUAGAAGACUAUUUUGGGAUGCUUUAUCGAGACGUAGUUUUAGAAGGCAUAGUGAUUCCCCCACUAUAGUUUUCACAGCAGGUCAUGCUGAUGAUCUAGGAUCUCAUGACAGAUGGUUACUUGAUUUGAGUGGUGAUCUUCAUUAUGAUGGAGUUGGCCGCGAGUCCGAAUCCCUGGGCACCAGAAGGCAUGACAGAAAUGAACGUCGAUGGCAAUUAGGAUCUGAGCAGAAUCACAUGCUGAAAAUUUGCACUUAUUUCUCUGGCAUCUUGAGGCUAUUUCACAAUCUCCUAUCUGCAUUAUGCAUACAGAUCUCUGAAAGAAUCCGAAGUGACCAAGAUGAGGGAGGUCGGCAAACUACUUUCUGUGCAUCUGGGCUCCACCCUGAUGGUACUUGCUCAUGUGAUGCAUUCUUCAUGGGUGAAGAGUCCAGUACUUAUGCAAGUAUUUCACGGAUAGUCAUGCUUGCCGAGGCCCUGUUUGAGGUUUUGGAUGAGAUUCAUCGGCAACCUUUGUCUCUUUCACUAUCCAUGCUCUCAUUUCCGGCUCCAGAAUCUGUUGUCGACUCAUUUCCUCUCAAGAAUCACAAAAGGUCAUAUGCAACUGAAAGUGAACCAAAUGAUGUGGAACAGUGUCACAUUUGUUUGGUUGAGUACGAGGAAGGGGACAAAAUAAGAGUUCUCCCUUGCCGCCAUGAAUAUCAUAUGUUGUGUGUCGAUAAAUGGCUUAAAGAAAUACAUGGUGUAUGCCCACUCUGCAGAUGCAAUGUUUGCGAGGGCGUCACCCAGUGCUCUACUUCAAAUACUGAAGUUUCAUCUCAGUGAUUCAAGUGUACACAUCGCUGUAAAUAGGGUAACUUCUUGAAAUGUUUGUGUCAACCACACUUUACAUGAAUUUCCUCGUCACUCUGCACUUUGUACUCGUAUUAUAUAGUUUUUUUUCCCCACCAAAAAUGAUAUAUCCUGUAAAUUUUUUGUAAUCUGCAGUUCGACUGUGGGUUUGGGGAAUUUUAUCAAUCAUAUUUUUAUGAAUGAGAUGUUUACAUGCGUUCCUUUUGGGCAAAUUA